AAUGUCUUUCUCUAUCUAUAUCAAGGAAGGCAUGAAAUAGAAGUGUGGGUGUCCUCUUGUGUCUUCAGAGUCAUCGUCCUCUUUCACUUGUUCUUCCUUUUUCUGCUUGAGAGAGAAUCGAUCCAAGCCUAACUAAACCAUCAUGUCGGACGAGGAGCACCACUUUGAAUCCAAGGCUGAUGCAGGAGCCUCCAAGACUUACCCUCAGCAAGCUGGUACCAUCCGCAAGAAUGGUUACAUAGUCAUUAAGAACCGCCCUUGCAAGGUUGUUGAGGUUUCCACCUCAAAGACAGGAAAGCAUGGACAUGCUAAGUGCCACUUUGUGGGGAUUGAUAUAUUUAAUGGGAAAAAGCUUGAAGAUAUUGUUCCUUCAUCUCACAACUGUGAUGUUCCCCAUGUUAAUCGUGUUGAUUAUCAAUUGAUUGAUAUCUCUGAAGAUGGUUUUGUGAGUCUUUUGACUGAAAAUGGAAAUACCAAGGAUGAUCUGAGGCUUCCCACUGAUGACAAUCUACUUACCCAGAUUAAAGAUGGAUUUGGCGAAGGGAAGGACCUUGUGGUGUCUGUCAUGUCUGCCAUGGGAGAGGAGCAGUUUGGUCUGGUCAGGUUUUUGUUUUCCAGGACCAUCGACCAACUUGUGCAUUUUUAUUUGGUCAUAUAAUCCUAGUGCGUGGUUGUGUCAUCGUGUGGCGAAGUGCAUGCAAAUGAUAAGCGCUCAAAAUGGAUUUGCAAUGUAGGCCAGAGAAUGGAGGAUGUCAAAAUUCCCCCGUAAGUUUAUUGAACAUCAUUAUGCAAACGAUGUAAAAUGCCUUGCAAGUUUCAAUUAUGGCCCUGAUAGACCUUCUGGAUGACAAUGGAUGGCCAUGGCCUAUGGCAAUGAGGGUUGAAGAGUAUGGUUGCGUAAGUUAUGGUGAAUCCCUAACAUGAUGUUUAUUGUACAAUGCUUCAUUACCAAGCUUCUGUUUUUAUGUCCAGGAUUUUGGAUAGAGCAAUUUACCAUCUUCAUGUGUUAAACGCCUAAUCCAACUUUUUAAAUUGUUUUCCCUUGGGUGCAAAGAGUAAGUGUCCGUUCUUCAGGCUAACGAUUUACACACAGUACUGUGUUUAUUUUUCAACCAUUUCUGUUCCCUGCAAAUAUUUGAUGCCGGCCUUAGUUCUGUGACAACCACCCUAAUAACUCCUCUAAACAGACAAGUAAAGCUUUUCUUUUAUCACUGGCAAUAAUGUUAUCAGAUAGAUAUAAAGUUUACAAAAAGGUUGGCUACUCCAAUCUAAUAUAAUCUGUGAAGGAGGAAAAUACCACUUUAGUAGCGUCAAUUUAUGUAAAUCUUUCUUUAGAAAUUUUAUGUAAUUAUUCUACACAUUUCUGAAUGUGCCAUACAACUUGCAAAGCAAUAACAUAGUGUACAUGUAAUGCAGAAACAUAAUCUAGGCUAUAUAGCAAGAACAAAAAAUAUAUAAUGGGAGCUUACCAAGAAAUUAUGACAGGGAGUCUUCAUUACUAGCUGAGGAAUUUCCAUAUAUGUAAGAAGUAAAUCCC